CAAUUAUUAAACAAACUGAAGGUCAACCCGAUGAUUACAGUGUUCCAAUGAUGACUGAACUUUUCGGACGGUGAUUAUGUGCCAUGUUUGAGUUGGGUGAACCACUGUUGUUCAUUGUAUUUAGCAACAAACUCUUCCUACUGAUACUAUGCUAGAAAAUCAUUGAACAAGUUUCUUUGUGACACAUCCUUGUUUUUCAGUGGAAUUGUGUCCACCACAUUGUCAUGAAUGACUUAAGCUGUAACAGUAUUUGUCAGCUAUUGUGUUGUCCUCCAUUACCAUCCAAAAUUGCAGCUAAGUUGGCAUUUAUGCCUCCACCUCCCAGUUAUAAAAUGACGGAACAUGUCGAUGGUGGACAGACCUCAUACAGUUUUACUCUGGCUUCAUACCUCAAAGACUCAUUCAUACAUUUUGUCCCAGAAAACUUGGAGUCAUUGAAAGCUACAACAAGAAGAGGGAAUAAUAUUGCAAUUCUUUAUAUGCCUAUAAAUCCUUCAUCCAAGCUAACAUUCUUGUUAAGCCAUGGCAAUGCUGUUGACUUGGGCUUGAUGUUACACUUCAUGUAUGAAUUGGGAAGCAAGUUAAAUGUCAACAUCAUGUGCUACGAUUAUUCAGGCUAUGGAAUGUCUUCUGGAAAGCCUUUGGAAAAAAACCUGUAUGCUGAUGCUGAAUGUGCAUUGAACGUUUUAAAAACGAAGUAUUCUACCCCUUUAAACCAAAUUGUUCUGUAUGGUCAAAGCAUUGGGACUGUACCUACAAUACAUUUGGCUACUCUUCAUCGAGUUGCUGCUGUUGUGUUACAUUCACCUUUGAUGUCUGGGUUGAGAGUAGCUUUUCCAAGGUUGAAACGUAAUUACUGUUGUGAUGUUUUCUCAAAUCUUACACGUACACCGAAAAUUAUCUCACCUACAUUAGUAAUCCAUGGAACGCGUGACGAGGUUGUGAACGUUACUCAUGGUUAUCGCAUAUGUUCUGCUCUGGCAGGUCAUCUAUUAUUGGAUCCUCUUUUCAUCGAUGGAGCUGGGCAUAAUGACUGUGAACUUUUCCCUCAAUAUCUUUUGCGCCUAACUAAGUUGGUUACUGUGGAAUUGCCUCGAUUAUUGUUGAAUCCUAAUUGUUCACAAAAUUUGUAUGAAGUAGAAGAUACAAAAGUAGAAUCAUCUAAACUAUUGGAAAAAGUAACAGUUAAAGAAGAUAAUGAGACAGAUUUAUCUAGUUCUAAUUCUGUACCGGUUUCACUAAAUUCUCACGGGUAUUUUAGCAUGAAUGGUAACACAAUAGGAGGAGAGGAAGAUAUGACAACAAAGGCUCUUUUUUCACAGCCUUCUCGGAAUCUAACUUCAGAUUCAAAGUCUAGUAGGCUCAGUGUAAGUAAUGUCUGUGAACAGUUAUAUCCUGAUAAAAUUAUUCAUUCUCAACAAACCAGCUCAACCUCAUCACUGUCAUCACAAAAAUGCUUUGAGUCCGUUGAUGAUACUAACACCUGUCUGAUUGGUGUUAGUAGAUGCCCCAGUGAUUCCGAUGUGCAUUUAAAAAGUCAGAUUGCUGUGGAGAAAUGUACAGAUCAAAAGGAAACUGCCGUUUCUCAAUCUUCGGUAGUUCCAACUGCUUGUCUUCCUAACGUUUCUCUUGAUGGUUUGCACUCACUUCCAUCUGACGUUUGUGACCUUAAUCUUCCACCACCUCCUCCUCCACCUACAAACAGUGAUUCAGAAUUUUUCCGAUCGUCUGAAGUAUUGUGGUCUUUGCAUACCCAGAAAAACGGAAAAAUAAAUACACUACCUCGAAAGCUGACAUCGAAGCUGUUGGAAACUGAAAUUGAUCAAAGUCAUUCACAAAUACCGAAAAAAGUAUGGACUUUACCACGUGAAUUUUCCCCUGAAAAAGUAACACAUGUUCUCAACAACGAACUUCUGGAAAAUAUGGUUAAUAAAUUCGGGUCCACAUCAACAUUCGAUAGUUCUCAUCCAAUGCUAACCGAACAAUGCUCCGCGAAAAGCUCACCUGAUUGUUGACCCAUAGUAACCUCAGAAUUUUCUAAAUCUAUGACACAUACAUAAGAUCAGUCAUUCUAUUUCAGUGUUAUUCAACCUGUUUUUGGCUUUCGAUUAAUUCCACUUUAGUGAAUUUAAUGAAUUUGUAUCGUAUUUAUGAUUUUGUCUUAUUGCCGAAGUUAGAAUACCGGUUAUUUGUAACAAAUACAAUGUUACUCAUAUGUUUCAAAUGUAUUUAUUAUUAUUAUUUCUUAUCAUAUAGAAUGUCUAUAUAUAGUCAUUACUUCUUUUUUUUUUGCUGAUUUCUCUCGUUUUCUCGUUAUUAAGGUUACUUAUUUCGUUUACUUGUAAAAAUUUGCCAUGUACCAAACUUUUUGAUUUCAUAUGUUUAUAGUUUCAUAUAGUUUAUGCAUUUCAAAUCAAAACAACUAAUGUGAAUAUUUUCAAUGUAUAUAAUCGCUAUUUUCUCUCUCGGAUACUUCAUUUGUUCAGAACUGUUAACUAUAGGCGAAUGAAAUGUAUUCUCAAUGUUAUCACUUUGAUUUUACAAAUAACUGUCAUAUGCUUAAUUUUAAAAAAAGAAUAUCUCAAUACUUCUAUAAAUGUUCCUUAUGAAUUGCUGAUUUUAUUUAACGAAAUAUAUAUAUAUAUAUGUGUAAGCUCACUGUGUUUUUGUUAUUGCG